AUGGCGUUGUUUUAUGUGCAUCAACAAGGUGAGCGAUCUUUUUGUGACGUUUAUGCUAUGCGAUUUGAGAUAUCUCUCAUGAUUUGUUUAUGGCUUGUGUGUUUCGAUUCUGGCACCAUGGCAGCACGGUCGCCCCCGGCUCUUAGUCUUAUCGAGGAUAAGUGGGCUGAUCUGUCUCUGGCUGAUGAAGAAUGCGGUGGUUUAACAGCGCCGGAUGCCCAGGUUGUCGACGAGGGUACAUCACAAUGGGAAUUGGUGGGACGUUUCCUCACUAAUCGAGCGAUUAAAUUUGAACAUAUGCAGCUGGUGAUGGCGUCGGUUUGGAGGCCAGUCAUGGGUAUGCAUCUCGACCUCCUAGAUAAGAAUCUGUUUCUAUUCCAUUUCCCUCACCCUAAGGAUAUGCAACGUGUCCUCGACGACGGUCCAUGGUCAUACGAGAAUAACCUGUUGGUCUGUGCGCAGAUCAAGCCGGGGAUGAGGCCGGACGAGGUGGAUCUUAAUAACAUCCCCUUUUGGGUCCAAGUCCAUGGACUGCCAGCGGUUUAUGCAUCGCAGGAUUUCAUCACCAAGAUUGGUGACCAUGUGGGCGCUUUCAUGUCGAUUGAUCCGAAUAACUUUGGGGGUUCAUGGAGAAGCUACUACAGGAUCCGCAUAAUGUUGGACGUGAAUCUUUCGCUAAAAAGGAGGAUGAAAUUGCUCCGUAGGGAUGUCACAUCCCAAUGGAUCACGUUCAGGUAUGAGAGGCUUAAUAUUUUUUGUUUCUGUUGCGGGAUUCUGGGGCAUACAGAGAAGUUCUGUAAAAAAGUCUACGAGGAGGGGAUAGAAUCGGAGGCUUUUCCGUUUGGGGCUUGGAUGAAGGUAGGGCCUAGGCGACAGGUUUAA